AUGGCCGAGUCGGUGUCUGAGUGCCCCACCACGGGUGCACAGUCUCUCCCACCAAAUUCAGCUAGGAAGCCCUUCAUCGACACCUGGGGUGGUCAAUCUGGUUGGGUCGGUACAAAGAUGACUUGGUCUCUUAUGGUGUACGUGCUGCUCUCUGAUAAGUUCGGCUUACAGUCAUGA